CAGUCGCCUCGCCCGCGGCAGCCCGCGCGCACGUCGCGUAUCGUUCUCAUUAAUUCGCGUCGCUCUGCGAUAACCUUGCACAUUUAAAUUAAACGUAAUCCCGCGUACUCCAUUCACAUCAACAAACUUGUGCUUUGUACAGACAUCGACAGUUUCAAUCGUGCAAUAGGUCGAUAGACCAGUUUACUAUCCACUGUGACCAUAUGAUUCGCAUCUGACCGCGCAUUCAUCUCGGAUAUCGGUUCAAGUUUUGCGGACCAACUGAAAGUGCAGUGGUAAACAGAUAAUUAGGUCUUACUUGAAGAAAAAGUGCUUAACGAUUGCCCCAAUUUGAGGAUUACUUUAUCGGAGAUGUGAUUGUUGACGUUGUGAUUAUCGUACCAGUGGCGUUACCAGGAUAGUGCGAUGGCUGGUGCAAGUGAGGAAGGAGUGUCCGUGGAGGAAACGACACCUGCCGCGGAGGGCCGCAAGCGAGGCUUAAGCGGGUCAAUGUCGCUCAGGACCCGCAAGCUUGGGAGGCGCCUUUCGCGCAGCAUGUCCAUUGUUGCGCUCAAGUUGCCAGAAAAGGCGCAAAGUAUAACUCGUUCAUCAUCCAAGCUGAUGAAAUCAGGUAGUCGCGAUAAGAAGAACAGAUCCUUUGAGCUCUCUAUUAUACUACCGGACAAGACGCAAAAACAGGUGAUGGUAUGGGGCACCAGUACGGUAGCUGAAGUGGUAUCGGAGCCUAUACAAGAGGCCGGUGCUGUGAUCGCUGGUUUACCAUCAGGGCCUCUAUCGACGCCGCAAACCUUAGCCCUGACCGCACCUUUACCUCCACCAUCAGCUCUCUCUGGACCUCCAGCGGUGUUGCUGUUCCUCGGGGGUUCCAAAGCACCGGUAGACCCGAGAGCGUCCGCACUCUCUCUAGAAGGUGAAGUCAUUGUGGUAGAGAAUGAACCCCCGAUAUGGGACGGCAAGGAUCUGGAGACGUUCCUUGCUUGGGAGAAGAUGUACGCCUCAACAUUGUUCUCAGCAUUGGAGUUGUACGGCAAGCCGCUAUUGAGGGCGGCAGUCAUCACGCGGGAGGAAUAUCAUUUGCUGUUCUAUUAUUUGGAAUCCGUGUCGGAAGCGAGCGAGGCUCUCACUGAACGAAUGAGAAAGUACAUCGAUUCCGGAUUGCUGAUUAAUGAGAGCCACAAAGAAGAUACUGACACUUUAGUGGAGAACGAAGAUGUCACGGAAGAAGAUGAUAGCAAAAGUUUGUUAACGGAACUUAUAAAUGAAGGUGUUCUUACCAGGAAAGACGUCGACAAUUCUUCCGUAAUCACAAGUUCAGAAUACACAGGGCAAAGCGACGUCAACCGAAAAUUAGACGACACAGAUAAUUGUUCGAGCGUCUCCUCUAUAGGUGUCAGUCUUCGAAAAAUAUUUGUAGACAUUCCAGUGGAUACUAAUGAUCCCGAUGUGGACGGUUCGGUUGUAGAGAACGAAAUCGAAAGUGUGUCGCUGCGAAAUAGUCGACAGUGCUGCGUCGAUCAUCGGAUAUCGGCCGAUGCUUCCGAAAACGUGUGGGCCAACGUAAGGUGGGAUUUUCUCAAUCCUUCAGAUUAUGGAUACGAUCAAAUUCCGAGCGUGAAACGGAGCCGCUCUGAAUCUGCGAUCACUCCAACGGCGAACCGACGGCGACACGACGAAAUCUACGAGAGACUUCGCGACGACGCUGAGUCCUGCGGAAGCAUGACGCCAUACGAAUCUAUAGAGGAUCUGUACGACUGUAUUAAGAACACGUCGUAUAUGAGCGCGGCCGCUGUAGAGUCGUCGCCGUCCACUGAGAGUCAAUCGGAGCCGCAAUACCCUGACUACGACGAGAAGUCGAUCGCAACGCGCCAAAGUUCCGCAAGCAGCGACAAGAGUGGUGCCUCGUCCGCCUUUCCGUUUUCAAAAUGCGGAUCCAGUGACUCAACGACGUAUACGUCGUGCGAAUCUACAAGUGGCAUCAGCACUUUCGCUCCGAAGUGCAGUCCAAUUUUGAAGAGUCGCGAUCUUCCGCCGCCGCCGACGGUGGGCGAGGUCAGCGAGAGUGCGAUAUUGCUGAGACAGCUGUUCAUGGGCGAGCUGGUGGACGUGUACGGCGAGUACCUGGCGGCGUACCCGCACGCCCGCGCGCUGCUGCGGCGUAAGGCGCGGCGAGAUGACCACUUUGCGGCGCUCGCUGAUAUCCGCAGAGGAGCUGCAAAGUAUUCUAUCGCCGACUACCUAGAGCUACCGAUCGAGCGGUUGGCGCAAUAUGAGCGUCUGGUUGGCAGUGGAUGCGGGCGGCGGCGUGCUGCGCGGCUGUCCGAUCUGGAGCGUGUGCAGGACCUCUUCCCUCACGACUUCCUCGCUCUCCACGAUGCAGAUGCGCCUGCCGCGCUUGCAUCACACCACCAGAAAUCCAAGAGUCUCCGUAAAAGGCCGAGCUUGGACAUCGGUGGUGCUGUCAACACCAACAACAAUCUGUCACCUCGCACCUUCAUAAUGGAGGCGCCGGUGCAACUAUGCCCAUUGGGUUCAACCUCCCCACCGCUCGACCGCCACCUUUUCCUCUUCAGCGACCUCCUCCUAGUUGGGAAGUCGCGAGGGACCAAUUGCUUCAAGUUGAAGGAGAGCGUGAGAUUAGUGGAGGUGUGGCUCUCACUACCUGAUAGUGACGACACCGGCUUCCUGCUCGGUUGGCCGACUAGCAUAGGUGUCGCUAACUACCUCGCUACCUACCCCACACAAGCUGCUAGAGAUACUUGGUACAGGAAAAUCCAAAACGCUUUAAACUCACAACUGAACACAGAGCCAAAGUCGACAAAUAUUCAAAUCUUUUAUAAAGAUUUAGCGAGUUCCAUCGAAUUUUGUAAGACGGUAUCCGUAAGUCCGGAGAUGAACGCGCGCUGCGUGGUGCGGCAGGCGCUGCACGUGAUGCAGAACGGCGGCCGCGGGGCGGACGCCGGGGACGGGGAGGGGGAGCACGAGGGCAGGCUGGGCGCGCCCGCGGACUUCACCCUGUACGUUAGAACCGCUAGGGAUGCGCCGCCAACACCCCUGCAGGGUAUCGAGAGACCACACGCCGUCCAGAUGUCUCGCAUCAGACAAACGUUAUCGAAUGAAGAUGGAUUUGAUUUAGAACACGUCAACGCCAAAAACAAUCCCUGUGGGCUCAUCUUCGAGCUGAGAAAGAAAAAUCAAGUCAUUAAAAGUGCUAGCAAUCAGGGAGGUAAAGGUCUUCGUCUGCUCCGUCGCGGCGGGCGUCUGUUCGGUGUGGCGCUGACGCGGCUGUGCAACGGCACGCCGCCGCCCGCGCUGCUGCAGGCGCUGCGCAGACUGCGCGCCGUCGCACCGCUCACACACGGCGUCUUCCGGCGCAGCGCCAACGCUAAAGCGCUUAGGCUGCUCAGAGAUAAGUUGGACGCGCUGGGCCCGUGGGCGACCGGCUGCGCGGACAGUGUUGUCGAUCCCGCCUGA